UCGUGUUUAUCGGCUGGAGUCGCUGGACCUCCGCGCCUAUAUAUAAAGCCCUCCGAUCAUCUUCUUCAACUCACACACAUUUCUUUCUACUGUUGUUUUGCUUUUCUCAGAAUUUCUCUGCUCCAUUUCUCAGAAAAUUUUAAGGAUCGCACACCAUGGAUGUCGAUUUGUCCCCCAAAUUGAGUAAAAAGGUGUAUGGCGGAGACGGUGGUGCCUACUACGCCUGGUGCCCCAACGAGCUCCCCAUGCUGAAGGAAGGUAACAUCGGCGCGGCUAAGCUCCAUCUCGAGAAGGAUGGCUUUGCGCUUCCUCGAUACUCCGAUUCCGCUAAGGUUGCGUAUGUUCUUCAAGGUUGUGGAGUGGCCGGAAUCAUCCUCCCGGAGAAGGAGGAGAAGGUGCUUGCAAUCAAAAAGGGGGACGCCAUUGCCCUACCUUUCGGCGUGACCACAUGGUGGUACAACAAGGAAGACACCGAAUUAGCAAUUCUCUUCCUCGGAGACACAUCCAAAGGCCACAAGGCAGGAUCCUUCACCGACUUCUUCCUAACAGGCCCCAACGGCAUCUUCACCGGCUUCUCCACCGAGUUCGUCUGCAGAGCAUGGGAUGUCGACGAAGCCACUGCAAAAGCUCUCGUCGGAAGCCAAAAGACUCAGGGAAUCGUAAAGCUCCCACCCAACACUAAAAUGCCUGAGCCUAAGAAGGAACACUACAAUGGCAUGGCCCUUAACUGUGAGGAAGCUCCUCUGGACGUCGACAUUAAAGGCGGAGGCAAGGUUGUCGUCCUCAACACCAAGAAUUUGCCGUUGGUCGGUGAGGUUGGCCUCGGCGCCGAUCUCGUGAGGCUCGACGGCGGAGCCAUGUGCUCGCCGGGGUUCUCCUGCGACUCCGCCCUACAGGUCACCUACAUUGUGAGGGGCAGCGGCAGAGUUCAGGUUGUCGGGGUCGACGGAAAACGUGUCCUCGAAACGACAGUCAAGGCCGGGAAUCUCUUCAUUGUUCCGAGGUUCUUUGUUGUGUCGAAGAUCUGCGACUCAGAUGGCAUGGAUUGGUUCUCGAUCAUCACGACUCCUAACCCGAUUUUCACUCAUAUGGCGGGAAGGACUUCGGUGUGGAAAUCGCUGUCGCCGCAAGUGCUGCAGGCGGCGUUCAAUGUAAGUCCCGACGUGGAGGGGAAGUUCUCGUCGAAGAGGAAGGCGGAGGAGAUCUUCUUCCCGCCACCAAAGUGAGAAGGAAACAAGAGUAACUUUUCUCUGCUUGCUCGCUAGUUUUCAUAUGAAUGAAUAAAUGAGCAUUGCUUUUCUUCAGACUGGGGUGGGGUGGGUUGGGGUGGGGUGGGUGUAAA